AGAACUCCUCUCUCCACAGCUCGGGAAGAUGCGCUUGACCGUCCCUUGUCGUGCCCUCACCUGCGCCCACCUGCAGAGCUUCGAUGCUGCCCUGUAUCUGCAGAUGAAUGAGAAGAAGCCAACGUGGACGUGUCCUGUGUGUGACAAGAAGGCUCCCUAUGAAUCUCUUAUCAUUGAUGGUUUAUUCAUGGAGAUUCUUAAUUCCUGUUCGGACUGUGAUGAGAUCCAGUUCAUGGAAGAUGGAUCCUGGUGCCCAUUGAAACCCAAGAAGGAGGCAUCUGAGGUUUGCCCCCCACCAGGGUAUGGGCUGGAUGGCCCCCAGUACAGCCCAGUCCAAGAGGGCAAUCCAUCAGAGAAUAAGAAGAAGGUUGAAGUUAUUGACCUGACAAUAGAAAGCUCAUCAGAUGAGGAGGAGGACCUGCCCCCGACCAAGAAGCAUUGCCCUGUCACCUCAGCUGCCAUCCCGGCUCUGCCUGGAAGCAAAGGGGUCCUGGCAUCUGGUCACCAGCCGGCGUCGUCGGUGCUGCGGAGCCCUGCGAUGGGGGCGCUGGGCAGCGAGUUCCUGUCCAGUCUCCCACUGCACGAGUACCCACCUGCCUUCCCCCUGGGGGCGGACAUCCAAGGUUUAGAUUUAUUUUCUUUCCUUCAGACUGAAAGUCAGCACUACGGCCCCUCCGUCAUCACCUCGCUAGAUGAGCAGGAUGCCCUUGGCCAUUUCUUCCAGUACCGAGGGACCCCUUCCCACUUCCUGGGCCCAUUAGCCCCCGCACUGGGGAACUCUCACCGCAGCACCACUCCAGCACCCCCUCCUGGCCGAGUCAGUAGCAUUGUGGCUCCUGGGGGGGCCUUGAGGGAGGGGCACGGAGGACCCCUGCCCCCAGGCCCCUCUUUGACUGGCUGCAGGUCAGACAUCAUUUCCCUGGACUGAGUCCCCUGGAUUAUGGAACCUUCACUGUCUCCCAGCAAAAAUGGGCAAGGAUGCUGUGGAGUCCAGAGCCCUGGCCACUCUGCCCCUGAGGGGGGGUUUGGCCACAGGCAAGAAAGACCUUCACAGACACUAGUUUUUGGCCUCAUUUCUGCCUGACAAGGCCGGCAUCCAAAGGGUUAAUAUUUAACCUCUUUUAAAGGACAUUGGGUCCUUCCUACUUUUUGAAGUGUUCUUGAGAUGGCUGGCAUAUCCCUUUGGGUAUGUUAGCGAAGGCAGUGGGAGGCAGAUGGGAUGGGGUGGGAGUUGCGGGGAGGGCUGAAUUCUAUGCCCUCUCUUCCCAGUCCCCGAACCAUGGCUCAGUUCCGUCCCCAGAGCCACUGUCUCUUCAUGUCCAUCUGUUCUCUUUGGCCAAACAGACAGGUGGAGAACUAAGACAGACAGACACAUGGACAGAGAACUCUAUUUUGGGUUGUAGAUUUUUUGUACAUAAACAAGGAAAACCAAAAUACAUCCAAAGACGACUUCCCCUGCCUCCUACUUCCCAGUGUAUCUCCCUGAGGCAGAGACAAGGCCUUAGCCCUGACCCCCAGGAGUCUGGGAGCAGGGCCCGGCCGAUGCCUGGGGCUCUCUCUAUUUAUAUAUUUAAGUUCACAGUGUUUCUCAUGCUGACCAGCCCAGCGCCCGCGCCUCUAACGGCCCGCAGCCUGUGGUGAGGUCUGGCUGACUCUGCACCUUUCCUGGGAGGUGGGAGGACCCUUGUGUUGUCCCCAGUCUCCUUUUUCAGGCUCCUCCAGGGCCUAGGACCUCUGUUGUAAUUUUACUUUUUAUUCCCAAAGUUGUAGCAAAGUUCUUACCCAUAAUAAAGGUUGUGAAUCUUC